UUCUACGCAGCAUUCCUUGCUCCAGUCGCCCUGAUCUUGCUGAUCAACUUCGCCGCCUUUGGUCUGGUAUUGCGCCAGAUUCUUGGUCUGUCCAGCAGGAAGUUGAACAAGUCGGACAACACCAGCACUAUGACACAGCUGCGGGGGGCAGUGGGUGUGGUCAUCCUUCUUGGCCUCACCUGGGUGUUUGCGGUCUUUGCCAUUGACCGUGCCAGCAUAGUCUUCUACUACCUGUUUGCCAUUACAAAUUCCCUCCAGGGGCUGUUUAUUUUCAUAUUCUACUGCAUAUUUAAGAAGGAUGCACUUACGGCGUGGAGACGAAAGUUACCAUGUUGCGAAACUAUGGACGAAAAAUCGGGAGAACGUUCUUCAAGCAAAGUGGAAAGAACGGUAUAUCAUGUGGAUAAAACGAACGAUCAGGAUCAAGUAACAUUAUUAACAUUUAAACCAGGCUGCACGACCCCUGUCUCAAACAACACAGUGAAACACUCGAUGGCGUCGACAAAUAGUUCACAGAACAGCAAUGAUGACGUCAAGAUCAAAAAAAGGGCAGAACUAUCAUCAGAUAGUGGUUUCCAUAGCAGCGGAGGGGUUGCAAACUCGCGCUCAUCUACAUCCAUUUAAUCUGCCAGAUUGUACAGAUCAUCGCAAAGAUAUUUAUCCACGAUCUCACCGAGCUAAUAGACUGUACACUAUGUCUGUGAAGCACGACCAAAACUUGCCCAUCCGGGGUCAAAUUAGCAUUGUCUGGGCCAUCUGUUACGACAAUGGUAGUUGUGUAUAUACUGACAGUUUCCCUUUGUGGAUGAAUACGAAGUAUGGGUUACCAGCCAUAGUGGAAUCUGUGUCUUUAUUGUAAAACAUCUGAAACUAGUUUCAUGACAUGGCCGUGGUUUCUCCUCAAACUGUUCUGAUUAUCUUUAAGAAAUGAAGGAUGUGACAUCAGAGAAGACUAGUUGUCGACGUUGGAUUCAGUUGGUUCAGGAAGAGGACAAAAACUAGUAUGUUUUUUCUCGUAGGACGCAGACCUAGCUUUGGGCUCAAGGGGCUCUUGCACAAUGUUGCAGAUGGUUGAACAGAAUCGUGUAAAAUGUUGCCGUUGUUGCAACAAACUCGUGCAAAAUGUUGAAGAGGGUUGAGCAGAAUCGUGUCAAAUGUUGCAGAGGGUUCAAGUAACUCGUGUAAAAUGUUGCACAUGCUGCAUCCGAUUCGUGUAAAUAUGUUGCAGAGGGUGCAACAGACUCGUGUAAAAUGUUGCAUACGAUUCGUAUAAAAUAUUGCAGAGGGUGCAACACUUGAGUCAAAUGUUGCAGAUGGUGCAACACGCUCGUGUAAAAUGUUGCACAUAUUGCAUCCGAUUCGUGUAAAAUGUUGAAGACGGUGCAACACACUCGUGUAAAAUGGUGCAUGUUGCAUCCGACUCAUGUACGGUUUGUUAUUAUCAAUGGUCAACACAUGAGGUACCGAUGAAUAAUGAUAUGUCCAUGACGCAAAAAUGAAUCACUGGCUGUAUAUAUACAACGACCAUUGUUAUUUGGGGCCGUGAUGAAAGAGGUCCUUAUUGCAUCAAUGACACACCAGGACGUAGCUUUAUCAAUAGCACCGCGAUACACGAAUAGCCUGAACGAAAGGUUAUUGCAUGUAAAUAUAUCUCAAGUGUUGGCUAUCAAUGCCAAUGACAGUUAUGCAAAGAUGUGUCACAACAUUUCUGUUGUGAGAUGAAUAUUCGACGAUUACGAUGAGUCUUUCAUUGCAAUAUAACCAUGACAUUUGAGGCAAACGUUAAGACAUGAAUGACUUGCUUUUCAAUGGCUCUAAACAUGCUGUACAUAGCAAGCAUGUUACAACCAUGUUACAGAUUUUGGGUAACACCAGAUAGUCUUAAAACAAGUGCGAUUAAUUCGGAAUCCUGAUGUGUACUAUAUCAACUUUUGUACAGAUUCCGGACAUUGAUUCGUCAUCUUUAUACACCUGCAGGGAAAUUCGUCCUUAAGCUGGACCACACAUGAUAGUCGUCACAAAAGCCAGUAUGGUUUAACGCCGCUGUUAGCAAUAUUCCAGCAAUAUCACGGCGGGGGACACCAGAAAUGGGCUCCACACAUUGUACCCAUGUAGGGAAUCGAACUCGGGUCCUCGGCGUGACGAGCGGGCGCUUUAACCAUUAGGUUCCAUCGCCGCUUCUCGUCAUAAAAGACUAUGUCAGUGCUGUCAAUUAAGGAUUUAUCAUAAUUUGUCUUAAAGCGUAAAGAUUUCGAGAACAACGAUAAUAUAGAAUACACACAGCUUAAAUUGACAGCCAUCCUAUUUAAGGGAAAGAUGUAUUGGUUUUGAAUAUUUGCUUACUACUUGUAGACAUAUCCUCUAGUUAAAGUUUAUGUGUAUUUAUAUAUAGCUAUACAUAUGGCAUUUCCGUAUAUUUCCUAUUGCAUAAUUAUGUCAUAUGACUGUUGCUCAAAAUGCCGAUCUUGAAAUUUGGUCUCAGGUUAACUUAAGUUUAAUGGAAACUGUUUGGUGCUAGUUUCGCAUACAGAUAUAUCUAUUCUCCUUAAGAAAAAAACAACAUAUUUAAGGGUAGGUAUAAAACAACACUACUUGAUUCGUCGCUCUGUUUGCGAUGAUAUUUGUUCAACACAAUGUGCUUUGUUUUUUCAUAUUCUCCUGUAAAAUGUGUCAACAAUACCUUAAUUUACACGUAAGAUGAAUAUUCAUAUGAAUCAAUGUUAUGUUUUGCCUUAUGUGCUGCUUUGUAAAUGUAUAUCGGUUCCACAAGCGUGGCCAGGGGAUCCUAGUGGUGGUUGCCAUGGUAUGUUGAGUUGUGUCCCUUGGUUACUGAGAUUCGCCCUGAUUAUCUGGAUUCGUCAGCACUAUAUUCGAGGGGAUUCUGGGAUUGUUCCAACUACCAAUCCUUGUCCUUAAAAGCGAAAAAUUGGAUCGUGUUCAGAUUCGGUGUCUAAGUUGACAACAUGUACCCCUACGGCGUGGAUUGGUGCUCUAAUAUCAAUCACUGGCCUGUGUAGGUCAUGACCCUAUUAGGUAGUCCGUUAUAAUGUCGUUGGAGUAUUGCGAUUUUGACAACCCAUCUUAAGUGAUCGACUUUGGCAUCUUGACUUUGGAUAUUCCCCAGACUUUUAACUGACGUGGAAUAACUGAAAUGCUGUUCAUAUCGGACCAAAUCUCAACACACGCGGUCACCAUGCCCCUAGACAAUAAUUAAUAGUUUAAAUAAAAAUUCCUGAAAAUGUAAAUAGUAAUAAUUUACGCUUGACUGGCGUCCUAUAAUUUACGCUUAUCUAGACCUGCCUCCUUAAAGGAAUAAAUUACUAUACAUCCACAGGCUUAGCAUUCAGUAAAGCCUUUGAGCAAGGCUACCAUGCCCCAUACACAAAGCCAUGGCAAAUAUUACUGCGGAUUUGAAUUCAUUUACAAAACUAGCUUGACACAGCAUGGUUGUCUCCCUUGUCACGUUACUUACAGAAAGGAAACAUGUACCUGUGAAAGAAUAGCAUAUGACUUUAUGAAAUAUUCACAUGUUUACUUAUAUGUUUACUAACUUAUGUGAUUGUUGUAAUACGUUGACUCAAAUGAACAAAGUGCCAUUUCAUCAAAAUGUUGUAGUGUAGUUUAUACAAUGUGAACUGUUAGCCUGUAUCAUUUUGCUGAAGAAUAAAUAAUGAUUUUUA